AUGUUCCAAUCACAAGUCCCAGCAAUAGAACCAUUCGAUUGUGAAGGCGAUCCAACCUCCAUAAGUUUCCGGUGGGACAAAUGGAAACGUGCCCUAGAAAUAUACUUCGUAGCAACCAAUACCAAUGCUCAAAUUACAAAACGCGCCAUGCUACUACAUUUCGGAGGCAUGGCGUUACAAGACAUUUAUUUCAAUAUACCUGGUGCCCACGUGACUAAUCCUGAUGCGACUGACGUGUAUGACACAGCAAUUAAAAAGUUGGACGAGUAUUUUUCCCCCAAACAAAGUUAUUUAUUUGAAAGGCACAUUUUUCGGUUAAUGAAACAAGAACCAAACGAGAAGUUUGAAAAAUUUUUGGUUCGUCUAAGACGUCAAAGUUCUAAAUGCAAUUUCGCUAAUGCAGACGAAAAUCUUAUUGACCAAAUAAUAGAAAAGUGUAGCUCGACCAAAUUAAGGAAGAACAUUUUGGUACUUGGUGACACGGCAACCAUUGAAAAAAUCGUGGCAGAAGCAAAUUCCCUAGAAACCGUAGAACGGCAGCUAAACGAGUUUCACGAUAGGCAGAGCACAACAACUACCACCCUAAAUAAAAUUGACACUAAAACAACAAAACUAUAUUCUAAAAAAGAGGUUAAUUUCUGUAGCCGAUGUGGCAGUAAAAGUCACAAAAAUGACAAUAGUUCCUGCCCUGCUAUAAAUGUGAAUUGUAUGAAAUGUGGGUUCAAAGGUCAUUUUCAGAAACACUGUAGAACAAGGGCCAAUAAAAGAAAAAGUACCAACCUCUCGUCAAAUGAAAACCAUAAAGUUAAGAAACCCAAGACAGAAACCACAAAAAAUAGAGAGUCUGCAUCUGUAGACUAUAUUUUCCAUAUCGACGACGACGCAACAAUAGAUUGUCAGGUAGGUGGUGUAAAUAUAAAAAUGCUCAUUGAUUCCGGUAGUAGAUCAAAUAUUAUUAAUGAUAAAACUUGGGUAUACAUGAAACGAUCUAAAGUUAUAGUUUCCAACCAACAAAAGUCUUCAGAUAAAACGUUCCUGGCUUAUGGUGCCAAACAUCCCCUUAAAGUGUUAGGCUCAUUUGAUGCACAAAUAAAAGUUGGUCCUAAAUCAUUAUUAACAAAAUUUUAUGUCAUAGAAAAUGGUUCAAGGAAUCUUUUGGGUAAAGAAACCGCCAUUUCUCUUGAUGUGCUAAAACUAGGCUUUGUCGUGAAUUCCAUUGAGGAAAAACAAUAUCCCAAGUUCAAAGAUGUUCAAUUAAACAUCACUAUUGACAAAACUGUUCCUCCAGUUUGUCAACCUUAUAGACGAGUCCCAAUUCCUUUGGAAUUAAGGAUAAAUAAGAAAAUAGACGAACUGGUUAAAAUGGACAUCAUUGAACCUGUAAAUAACCCAUCUUCUUGGGUUUCUCCGAUGGUACCGAUUCUAAAGUCUGAUGAUGAUAUUCGAAUUUGUUUGGAUAUGCGAGCUGCUAACAAAGCAAUUAUUAGAGAAAAUCAUCCCUUGCCUACCAUGGAACAACUUUUUCCCAAAUUUUGCAAAGCAACAUGUUUUUCAAAGUUGGAUAUUAAAAAUGCUUUUCAUCAGGUUGAACUAGAUAAAAAUAGCAGAAAUAUCACAACUUUUAUCACUAGUAAAGGGCUUUACCGGUACAAAAGGUUAAUGUUCGGGAUAUCUUGCGCACCUGAACAUUUCCAAAAAAUUAUGGAGAAAAUGUUAUUGCCAUGCGAAGGAGUGGUAAACUUCAUAGAUGAUAUUGUUGUCUUUGGACGUGAUAAAAAAGAACAUGAUAACAGGCUUCAACAUGUUUUAACAGUACUCAAAGACAAUAAUGUUUUACUGAAUAAAAAUAAAUGUAUUUUUAAUGCAAAGUCUAUUCAGUUUCUGGGCCACGAGCUUUCGCAAUCAGGUAUUAAACCACUUGACAAAUAUAUAAAAGCAAUCGAGACGUUUAGACCACCGGAAACCAUCGAAGAAAUUCAAAGUUUUCUGAGCUUAAUCAACUAUGUAGGAAAGUGGAUCCCCAAUUUGUCAACCUUAACGGAACCCAUUCGGCAAUUGCUUCGAAAAAAAAAUGCACAAAAAUGCUAA